ACCAGUGUGAUUUCGAUGAGAAAGCAAGUAGCAACGGCGUCUUCUUUGUUAGUGAAUGGCUUAAGAGCUCUCUUCUUAGUGUUGUGCUGCUUGAUGAUAGCCACUCUCAUUUACACCAUCCUCAUCGAUGGCCUUCCUUUCCGCUGGGAAAUCCUUACCCCGUGGAUGGCUGCAACUUUGGUUGAUUUCUACAUCAAUGUUGUACCUAUCGCUGUUUGGGUUUCCUACAAAGAAUCAAGUUUGAUUAUUGCUACACUUUGGGUAAUUAUGCUUAUAUGUUUUGGCAGCAUUACAACAUCUGGCUACCUUUUUAUUCAAUUUCUCAAACUGUCUCCUCAAGAAUCUUUGGAAAAUCCCAUUUAUCAUGUUCUAUUGCACCAGAUGAGCAAGAAUGAUACAAAAACAAAGGGGAAGCACUCAUCUGUUGUGAUUUCAAGAAUCCUCUUCAGUGUUUUGGGUUGCUUGAUGUUGGGAACUUUGAUCUAUACUCUCUUAACUAAUGGUUCGCCUUUCCGCAAAGAGCUACUAACUCCGUGGAUAACAGCUACACUAAUUGAUUUCUAUAUAAAUGUUGUUGGUCUAUCGGUUUGGGUUGCCUACAAAGAAUCAAAUUGGAUUUCUGCAGUUUGCUGGAUAGUCCUACUCAUAUGUUUUGGCAGCAUUACCACAUGUGCCUACAUAGUCAAGGAACUCUUCAAGCUUGCUUGGCAAGAUCCUCUCUACCUUAUUUUGAUAACAGAAGACGAUAGGCAAGGCAGAGAACACGUAUGAAAGCAUAGAAUAAUGGUGAGCAGUGUAACAAAGAAGUUGAAAAGCAAGUAGAUUUCUUGCUGGUUUAAUAUGAUUUUCAAACAGCAACAUGACAUGUAAUUUCUGUUAUUUCCCCCCUAUAUAUCUCAAGUUGAAUUUAUGCCGAAUAUGUUGAUAUUAAUCAGCCCCAGAUUUGUUGAUAUGUACAACUCAAAUACUUCACUGCCAAAUCUCCUCUAUUUGACAGUAAACAAUUAGGUUUUAUGUAUUGAAACGGUAAAAAAAAAGUAGGUUAAUUUGUUAAAUUUGUUUUA